AACUUAGUUGGACAAUGCCAGAUGCUGAUGAAGACGUACUGCAAAAGCAACUCUUUUACUGCUGAUGAAAAAGCAACAAAAUGAAACAUACUCUUGUAUGACCCAACAACUGCUGUUUAUGGUGGUUGUCCAGAUGGACUGAAAACUUCUGAUUGUUAAACCUAUACACAAAUUUUUACAGCAGAUUUAUUCUUAAUUUCCCUAAUUUUAAAACAGCCACGAUGUUUUUCAGUAGGUAGAUGAACUUGUGUAUCUGUAUAGUGAAAUAAUAUUCGGUGAUUAAAAGCUGUGAAGAUCUGAGAAGACAUUUUUGAAUCCCUUUUUCUUAAUGAAACAAGCCAAUAUGAAAGGCUAUAUGCAUGCUGUAUAAUUCCAACAAUAUGAUAUUGCAGGAAAGGCAAAGCUAUGGAGGCAGUCAAGUGAAAAAUUUAGCAAUGAUGUGAAGGAGCAUGGGGGGUGAGAGGAGGAAGAGAAGAAUGGGAAUUCUAAUGAAUCAUUGAUUGACCAGCACCCUUUUACCACUUGGAAUGAGUUAUCAGAAAUGGGCAUAGUGCUUUUAGAACCAGCAUGUAACAGAUGGAUGUUAUUCUAUGCUGAUUACGUCUUCAAGUCAACACAUUUUUGAUUGUGCAGGAUCUUUGACUCUUCAUCUUUGAAAUUGGAUUGCUGGCAAAAUAAAAGGAAUUCAUGUAGUUUUUUUAUCCAAGUUUGAGUCACCAUGAGUACUAGUUUAGGAAAAGAAAAAGACUCUAAAGAGAAAGAUCCCAAAGUAACAUCAGCCAAGGAAAGAGAAAAGGAGGCAAAAGCUUCUGGAGGUUUUGGAAAAGAAAGCAAAGAAAAAGAACCUAAAACCAAAGGGAAAGAUGCCAAAGAUGGAAAGAAGGAUUCCAGUGCUGCCCAACCAGGGGUUGCUUUUUCAGUUGACAACACAAUCAAACGGCCAAAUCCAGCACCUGGAGCUAGGAAAAAAGCCAGUAAUGUAGAAGUAGGUAAGGAGCUCAACAAAUGCCGGGAAGAAAAUUCAAUGCGUUUGGACUUAUCCAAGAGAUCUAUACACAUAUUGCCAUCGUCAAUCAAAGAGUUGACUCAAUUAACAGAACUUUAUUUAUACAGUAACAAAUUACAGUCCCUACCAGCAGAGGUGGGCUGUUUAGUAAAUCUCGUGACACUGGCUCUAAGUGAAAAUUCACUUACCAGUUUGCCUGACUCUCUUGAUAACUUGAAGAAGCUUCGGAUGCUUGAUUUACGGCAUAAUAAACUGAGAGAAAUCCCUUCAGUGGUAUACAGGCUAGAUUCUCUCACCACUCUCUACCUUCGCUUUAAUCGUAUAACUACUGUGGAAAAGGACAUCAAAAACCUGUCAAAACUCAGCAUGCUUAGCAUUCGAGAGAACAAAAUCAAACAACUACCUGCUGAAAUUGGUGACUUAUCUAACCUCAUUACGCUGGAUGUAGCUCACAAUCAACUUGAACACCUCCCAAAGGAGAUUGGCAACUGCACACAGAUUACCAACCUGGACCUGCAGCACAAUGAACUGCUGGACCUCCCUGAUACCAUAGGAAACUUGUCCAGUUUAAGUCGUCUUGGACUGAGAUAUAAUAGACUGUCAGCAAUACCCAGAUCAUUAGCAAAAUGCAGUGCACUUGAAGAAUUAAAUUUAGAGAACAAUAACAUUUCUGCUUUACCAGAGAGUCUUUUAUCCAGUCUUGUAAAACUGAACAGUUUGACCUUAGCUAGAAAUUGCUUCCAGUUAUAUCCAGUGGGUGGUCCAUCUCAGUUUUCUACCAUCUAUUCCCUCAACAUGGAACACAAUCGAAUCAAUAAAAUCCCAUUUGGAAUUUUCUCCAGAGCAAAAGUAUUAAGUAAGCUGAAUAUGAAGGACAAUCAGUUAACAUCACUCCCUUUGGAUUUUGGAACUUGGACCAGUAUGGUGGAAUUGAAUUUAGCUACUAAUCAGCUCACAAAGAUCCCUGAGGAUGUAUCUGGUCUAGUUUCCCUUGAGGUUCUGAUAUUAUCAAACAAUCUUCUAAAGAAACUUCCCCAUGGUCUUGGGAACCUUAGGAAAUUAAGAGAGUUGGAUCUAGAGGAGAACAAAUUGGAAUCCUUGCCAAAUGAAAUUGCUUAUCUUAAGGAUUUACAGAAAUUAGUCUUGACAAAUAACCAGUUGACCACACUUCCCAGAGGCAUUGGUCAUCUUACCAAUCUCACACACCUGGGCCUCGGAGAAAAUCUGCUGACUCAUCUUCCUGAGGAAAUUGGUACACUGGAGAAUCUAGAAGAACUGUAUUUGAAUGACAACCCCAACCUGCACAGCCUUCCCUUUGAGCUAGCUCUCUGCAGCAAGCUUUCAAUCAUGAGUAUUGAGAACUGUCCACUCAGUCACCUCCCUGCUCAGAUUGUUGCUGGGGGGCCUUCUUUUAUCAUUCAGUUCUUAAAGAUGCAGGGUCCGUAUCGCGCCAUGGUCUGAUACAGAUCUGCGUGUCCUACACACUGUUCACAAUCAGACUGCCGUUCAUCUUUCACGUCUGUAUCUGUGUCUAUUUAUGUAGAUAUCAAUAUAUAUGGCAGAUUUAUAAAGACUGCAUUAUGUGUUUCUGCUAAUAGAGGAAUCAUAGCCAUUUAGAUUUUUUAAAAAUUCUGUACAAAAGGCUUACAUAAGUUUUCUUUGCUGAAUUUGAUGGAUGUUUUUCUGUUGUGUAAUCUGAUAUGCCAGUUUGCUUAAAAAAUUGCUGACAAAUUAUGAAUUUAUUAAAUUUACAGGACAGAGGUAGUACUAUAGUUAGAUAAACAUUUCUUUUGGAAAAAAUAAUGGCAAAUUAUUUUGUUGCAACUUUUCAUACACAUUUUCCCCUUACCAAUUAUCAGAUCAUUGUAUAUGAUAGGCCCUGAAGGUAGAAUGUUUCUUUAACUUAUUUUGAAAUUUGAGAUUUAAAUUAUAUAUAUUGUUUACAGUCAGAGUAAAUCACUGGAUUUUUUUGUUUAUUUUGAUUUGCUCUGUUUUAAAUAGUCACAACUAGAGUUUAUAUCCUCUGUUAAAGAAUUUGCAUCUGCUGAUUUAAAUAUUAAGAUAUUUGCUUUUUAAAACAACUUGUAAUUUCUUCUCA